CAAGCGAAUCUUGAGAAUUUCAGUUAGAAUUUAGCAAAGCAAAGCUUAGAACAGAUCACGAGGCAAUGCGUGCACUUGCUCCACUCCUGAUGCUGCUUGGCAUCCUGAGCAUUGAGGCCAAUUUGCCCGAAUACGCACGGGUACGCUAUGACGCAAGGCCGGAUGAGGAUGAGGAGCCACGUCGCUAUUAUAACAACAACAACAACAACAACAACAACAGACCACAAACGCGCUAUUCAAGACCCAAUGGCUUAGAGUUUCCGCCAGUGCCGCAGCCACAGGAUCGGAAAUAUAUGAAACGUGAGCACGAGCAGUUGUCCAAUGGCAAAUUGCACAAAUGCCGUAUUUGGGUGCCCCCUGAAAUUGUGCCCAAGUAUGCGCAGGCCAGUCUUAUACAAACGGAUAUAACCAACAAGCUGUCCAUGAUCGAAGUCUGCUGCACAGGCUAUGCGGCCAUGCGCUUCAUGGGCGUCACUGUCUGCCGUCCCAGCUGCAGCUGUCUGAAUGGCAGUUGUCAGCAUCCCGGCGGAUGCGAUUGCUAUGAGGGCUUUGUGAAGAACGACAAUGGGGACUGCGUGUUUGCCUGCCCGCUGGGCUGUCAGAAUGGGCGCUGCUUCCUCGACGGCAGCUGCCAAUGCGAGCCGGGCUAUAAGCUGGACGAAACGCGUCGCUUUUGCCGCCCCAUCUGCAGCAGCGGCUGUGACAACAAUCCCAGGCACAACUGCACGGCGCCCGAGAUUUGCAGCUGCGCCAAGGGCUACCAGCUGACCAACAAUGGCUGCGAGCCCGUCUGUGAUCCCGACUGUGGCAUCGGAGGGCUCUGCAAGGAGCAAAAUGAAUGCGACUGCGGCUCAGGCUACAAGCUCAAGGAUGGCGUUUGUCAAGCCGAUUGCUAUCAAAAAUGCACCAACGGCGUAUGCGUGAGUCAAAAUCGUUGCAUCUGUGAUCCUGGCUACUCCUAUCACGAGCAGUCAACCAUGUGUGUACCCGUAUCUUAAAACAAUUUUUAUAAGCACUUGCUUUAUUCACAAUACAAUAUUUUUAUUAAGCCACAAUU